AUGGAAAAACCAUUUUCCGAGGUAAAGAUGAAACAUUCAACCGAAAAUACAGACAACGUGCUUCAGGAGUUUAACAAAAACAUAACACUUGAUUACGCAUGGCUGAUUUCCUACGUGAUCUUUAUUGGUGUUCUAGGGAUUGUAGGGAAUAGUAUCGCAGCAGCUUAUUACGUCAAGAAAAUGGACAAAAACGUGAACGUCAUUCUUCUCAUCGUUAUAUCACUCAACGAUCUCAUCUCUUCGUUGGUGAAUCCAGUAACAACAGUUUACGAUUUUGUCAACUCGGUGACCUACAGCAGUAUAAUUGGGUGUCCAGCAAUAUACUUUGCUGCACAUGUUUUGGUCAUUAACUCAUUGUUGUUAUUGACCGUAAUUGGAGUGGACAGAUUUCUUCAAAUAUAUCUUGUGGCAUCAAAACUAAAGUUCCAAAAGUCCCAUGUUGUCCGUAUGCUGGCUUGCAUUUUUUCAGGCUCUUUGCUUAUUGCUUUACGAGAUAUUUGGAUUGUGAAACCUGUCCCAGUAUCCGUACAUGCAGGACAAAAUUUGACAGUCACAGGACAUCAUUGUAUGCACUCGAAAGAGGAUUAUCUGAAACCAGUCAUCUACGCCUUUCAUAUCAUAGAUUUGGUUACCGUAAUCGGUUUGUCUGUCGCGCUUACGUGCAUGUAUAUCAUGAUAAGAAGGAAAAUUGAUCGGACCCAUAAGGCAGUUGUAGCCUUCUCAAAUCCAAUCGAUACACGCGCAGUUGAAGAUGAAGUAGAAUGUACAUCUUCCGCUGCACACGACACUGAUGAAGCAGCAAACACGUGUUCCUCUGCAAAGUUAUCAAUCAAAGAUGAAACCGAUUCCAUAGUUAAACCCUCUAUAUUGUUUAAGUGGGGUGCUCACACAUCGGAAGCAACUAAUGAUCAUACUCACAGCCAUAAAAUGUUGGAAGUGGAGAGAAGAAUUACAAAGAUGCUGUUUGUCAUGACAGGGAGCUCUUUGCUCUGUUUCGUGCCCUACUUUGUGGUGAGCCUAUCUCUUGAAUAUGAUCAUGAAAGCAGUGGAUGGAUAUAUCUCGCUCAUAGAUCAUUCCUCUUGAACAGCUCCUUGAAUCCUUAUGUCAUUGGUUACUUCAACAGUGAAUUCAGACGCUUCGUCUACGACAUAUUUUGUCGAUUCUGCUUCAAAGCAGUUCGAGGAUAA